UCAAAAUAAUACGUAAUAUUUUUAUUAAGCUGGCAACACCUGUCAAUCCUGGGCAAAGUUCCUCUCGAUUGAUUUGCGCAUGGACACUACUAACUUCGCGCAUGUGUAUCAUUAAUUUUUACUAGGCGUUGCAGAUUGGACUGGUUAGACAUCUUUUCAAGGAAUGGGAUAUUGUGUCGCCAUGUCAUGUAAAGCUAAUGCGUCGUUAAUGUUGAACGUGUAAAAUGGUUAAAACCAGUAUAUCUUUCAAUUUUCAAGUUACGUGAAGUACCUAAUUGUACUUUAAAGCUUAAUUAAUCUAAUAGUUAUAUUUUUCGAAUCGGAUGACUAACUUUUACGUGAAUAUUUUGUGAUUACAUGAUGACAUUUCAAAGAUGAGUGACGAAACUCCGGGGGUAGGGCAGGGUGCUCUGCCCCCGAGAGAAGGCCAAGGCCUUCGAGCCAUGGCAGAGCGCCCUGCUGCUAGUAGUGCGACCGUAAGGGUUGUAAGUGGACAGUAUGUGCUAACAAAUCAACCACAUGGUAUGCCAGCCUUAGCACAGAUAACGUCCGGAAACAGUAAUGUUACUCGUCUGAUUAGCAUCAGUCCAUCCAGAAUCGGACAAACAUCUCCCGUAAGACCGAGCGUGGCCCACCAAUCGAUAGUUGAUGUUCUCACUAAAUCUCGAUUAAACUCGCACUUGAAUAAUAUGUUUUCUUCAGGAGAAAGUUCUAGUAAUAAUGUUCAAAAUACAAGGCCUUUAAAAAGGCCGUUGCCUUCCUCUGGUGAAAAGAAAGAUACUUACGCUUCCAAGUUGCAACAUGUGAUGAAUCAUCGCAUCGUUCGUUCAAAAUUGGUAAAAGAAAAGUAUAAUGAACAUCUACUGGAGGCUUUUUACUUAGAAACAGGAAAUAAUAUUCUCGAUUUGUACCAAUUCGCCAAGAGGCCUAAAACUCAAGCUUAUCUGACUUACCUAAAGGAACAUGCCAUUGAUCCUAGAGAUUAUCCAGAACCAGUUCCUAGCGUUACCAUACCACAAACGACACUCAGUACACCAUCUGCUACAGCAGCUAGCUCUCUACCUGGUAUUUCUCAAAGCCACCCUGUUCAGACCAGUUCCCCUAUAGUAACGACAUCUGAAAGCCAUAGUAACCAUUCUACACCAAAAUCAGUAUCUGUCAAAAUGAAAUCUGUAUCUAAUACAAAUAGUACUAGCCAAGAAAUGAUAGUAGAGAAAGCAAAGCAAGAAGCUUAUGUAGUUCAGCGAAUAGCAGAUUUACAAAAGGAAGGUUUAUGGUCUGAAAAAAGGCUACCAAAAGUGCAAGAAAUGCCGAGAACAAAAGCACAUUGGGACUUUUUACUUGAAGAAAUGGUCUGGUUGGCAGCUGAUUUUGCGCAGGAACGUAAAUGGAAGAAAGCCGCUGCAAAGAAAUGUGCCAGAAUGGUACAGAAAUAUUUCCAAGAUAAAGCACUUGCUGCUCAAAAAGCAGAAAAAGCACAUGAGCAGAAUCUUCGAAGAAUUGCAGCAUUUUGCUCGAAAGAAAUAAAAAAUUUCUGGAACAAUGUAGAGAAAUUAGUAGAGUACAAACAAAAUACAAUUCUCGAAGAGAAACGGAAAAAGGCUCUAGAUCAACAGCUGAGUUUUAUAGUGGAUCAAACUGAGAAGUAUUCCCAGUUACUUGCAGAGGGUAUGAAUAAAUCAGUAGAACCACCCAGUUCGGUUCCUUCAAGGUCAGUGUCACGAGCGCAUUCAGAUACUGAAUUUGAUCCUGAUCUACAGAGUGAUGAAGAUGAUGAGGAAACAAUAGCUCGGGAAGAAGCUUUAGGCAACGAAGGUCACAAAGAAGAAAUUGAAGCGUUACAAAAAGAAUCUCAGAUGGAGUUAGAUGACUUGUUAGAAGACGAUUUUUUAAAAAAUUACCUUUUAAACCGAGACAAAAUACGAUUAAGCGAUUCAGAAGAGUCUGACGACGAUGUCGAUUCUAAAAAGGAAUUAUCAAAAACAGAUUUAGAUGAAAAAGAACCGUCUGAAGAAUCAGAUUCUUCCAAAGAAGACGACGUCGAGGAGACCGAAGAAGAGAGCGAGGAUGAGGAAACAAAAGUCUCAGAAAUUGUACCCCAGGGUGAACAUGACGAACUGAAACUUUUAGUGGAAGAUUCUCAAAAAGAGGGAGAAAUAAAGACUGAAACAGAUACAAAAGAUGACCUCAUCAAUGAUGCUGCUGCUAUAGCUGAAAGUAUACAACCAAAAGGAAACACCUUAUCAUCUACGAAUGUUUCUACAAACAUCCCAUUCUUGUUAAAAUAUUCUUUGAGAGAGUAUCAACAUAUAGGUCUGGAUUGGUUAGUAACAAUGUUUGAAAGAAAACUUAACGGCAUCUUAGCGGAUGAAAUGGGUUUAGGUAAAACCAUUCAAACAAUAGCCCUUCUAGCUCAUCUAGCGUGCGAGAAAGAAAAUUGGGGACCGCAUCUAAUUGUUGUUCCUACAUCUGUGAUGUUGAAUUGGGAAAUGGAAUGUAAAAAGUGGUGUCCCGCAUUCAAAAUUCUAACUUAUUAUGGUACCCAGAAAGAGAGAAAAUUCAAAAGGAUUGGAUGGACUAAACCUAAUGCUUUCCAUAUUUGUAUUACUUCUUACAAAUUGGUUAUUCAAGACCACCAGAGUUUUAGAAGGAAAAAAUGGAAAUAUUUGAUUCUGGAUGAAGCUCAGAAUAUUAAGAAUUUUAAGUCACAAAGAUGGCAGCUGCUCUUGAACUUUCAAACCCAGCAACGUCUUCUAUUGACUGGUACUCCUUUACAAAACAACCUCAUGGAAUUGUGGUCACUUAUGCAUUUUUUAAUGCCAAAUGUAUUUCAAUCUCAUAGAGAAUUUAAAGAGUGGUUUUCCAAUCCAGUGACAGGUAUGAUUGAAGGCAAUUCGGAAUACAAUGAAAGCAUUAUCAAGAGAUUGCAUAAGGUAUUAAGACCGUUUCUUUUGCGACGAUUGAAAAGCGAGGUCGAAAAACAAAUGCCAAAAAAGUAUGAACACGUGGUUAUGUGUAGAUUAUCGAAAAGGCAGAGGUAUUUAUACGAUGACUACAUGUCGAGAGCAAAAACAAGAGAAACUUUGGCUAGCGGAAAUCUAUUGAGUGUAAUAAAUGUUUUAAUGCAAUUAAGAAAGGUAUGCAACCAUCCAAAUUUAUUCGAAGUAAGGCCGACAACAUCGCCUUUUCAAUGUGAAGGUAUUAGGUUACAUAUUCCAUCCAUUGUAUACUCCGCUAUUGAUUAUGACCCUUCAAAACAUGUAAAUCUCCAAGCACUAAAUCUGCUACUGAUAAUGCAAGAAAUCCACUUUGGUUCCUAUCAAUGUUAUCGAAUGAGGCAAUCGAGAAAUUCUAAAAAACUUAUGGAACUAGACGAAGAGUCCAAUAAAAUUCCGCCCCCUUGUCCGCCUUGUAAAUUAGCGAUGCGAGUGUUACCGUCUAAAGUGUCUAAUACAGCAAACGAAGAGAAAAGUGAUAAAAAAAAUGUUCCAGUUUCAAGCCAACCACCACCUCUUCAACUUAAAGGUUUUACUCAACCUAAUGUGAAGGUGAAAGUAUCUGGGGUACAACUAGUCAAUCAACAGGGUAUUUUGAAAACAAUUCCAGUUGUGAACAUAUCACAAGGGACAACUGGACAAAUCGGUACACCGGUUAGCGUGACGUCUGUUUUAAAACCUCAAGACAAAAUUUCAGCAAGUUUUGCGCAAUUAGUACAAACUUCAACGGGCAAACAUUUACUCCUAACAUCAAAUCCAAAUAUAACCGGGAAUAUUCCAGUAACAUCAACACCAGGUGGUCAAAAAUUGACAUUCUUAUCCAAACAACCUGUUGCAACCAUAGGGAAUGCUGUCACCAAGGCUUUUGUCAAGUUUCAGUUUACAUCCAUCACUACAUCCCCUACUUUUACGACAACGACUACGUCUAAUUCAAAUUCAAUUGCUAUUGUAAAAAGUGAAGAAAAUAAAGUAAAAGGAGUCAGAACUCCAGUAGGAAAUGAUUAUAUAGGUAAACUUUAUUCUAAACAAAAUAACCUGGAUGUUCGGUGGAAUAAUGAUGACAAAAAUUUAGAUUUAAUAAAUGAAGAAGAUCCAAAAGGAGAACGUAAAAAUAGACUGGCUCUAAUGUGCCGCAUCAACAAUAUCCGAUGUUCAGCAUUACCUUUGUAUGGCAGAGAUUUCCAAGACGCUGUCAAAAUUUUCACUCCUAACAAGAUAAACCCAUGGGGUGGUGGUCACAUACAUUGUUUGAACACUUUAUAUUGUAAAAAAUCUACGGAACCGACAGAUUGUUUGAAAGAUAUUCUAUAUAAUCCCGAAAUGAGAUUGGAAAGUUUGAAAGAAAUUUUCGAUCGUUUUAUAUUAUAUGUACCUGCCGUAAAAGCUGCCGAACCUGAAUUACGAGUGUGGCAUCCGCCACCGAGCAAAUAUUGGGGCCAAAAACAGGAUAAGCAGCUUCUACAGAAACUAUUUUCUAAACCUGCUACACCUCUACACAGUAUUGCCUCUGCUAUGGUAACGCAAUUUCCUGAUCCAAGACUAAUCCAAUAUGAUUGUGGAAAAUUACAAACGUUAGACAUUCUGCUUAGAAAAUUGAAAAUGGAUGGUCAUCGUGUGUUAAUCUUCACCCAGAUGACUAAGAUGUUGGACGUUCUAGAGGCAUUCUUGAACUACCACGGACAUAUAUAUCUUAGAUUAGAUGGUACAACCCGAGUGGAUCAAAGACAGGUUUUGAUGGAAAGAUUCAAUGGUGAUACACGUAUUUUUGCUUUUAUACUGUCCACGCGCUCUGGUGGUGUGGGAGUGAAUUUAACUGGAGCGGAUACUGUGAUAUUCUACGAUUCCGAUUGGAAUCCUACAAUGGACGCGCAAGCUCAAGAUCGUUGUCACCGAAUCGGCCAAACGAGAGAUGUACACAUUUACCGUUUGGUCAGCGAAAGAACAAUAGAGGAAAAUAUAUUGAAGAAAGCGAAUCAAAAACGUAUGCUCGGAGAUUUAGCCAUCGAAGGUGGUAACUUUACAACAGCAUAUUUCAAGAGCUCAACUAUACAAGACUUGUUCAACAUCGAUCAGAACGAAGAAAAUGCUGCGACAAGGAUGUCUGGCGUAAUGGAAAUGAAGAAGGAACGCGAAAGAGCUUUAUCUAACGAAACAUCUGUAGGUGAUGAUAAAAUAGCAGUUGGUGCUCUCGAAAGUGCUUUGGCUGCAUGUGAAGAUGAUCAGGACGUUCAGGCUGCCAAAACUGCGAAAGCAGAAGCUGUUGCUGAUCUUGCUGAAUUCGAUGAAAACAUUCCUUUAGAUGAACAGGAGAAAGAGCCUGAAAUUAGUAAAGCGGAACAGGAAAUUAAUAACAUAAUAGAAAAGUUAACUCCUAUUGAAAAGUAUGCCAUGAAGUUCAUAGAAACCACCGAAUCUGCUUGGUCAGCCGAACAACUUGCUGCCGCUGCUAGAGAAAUAGAGGAGCAGAAGAGAGAAUGGGAACAGAAUAGACUCGCAGCGAUGCGAGAAGAAGAAGAUCGACGCGCUCGUGAGUUGGAAGAAGAAAACGACAUAAUCACAUUUUCAAGAGAAGAUGCCACCAACCAGAUAUGGGUUUCUGACACUACCAUGGAACACAUGCCUAUGUGGUGUCCUCCAACUCCACCUCAACAAGAAAAUGACGUAUACAUAGACCAAACAAUGGCCUUUAUGUACGACACAAAAAUAAUGUCCGAAUCGGAAUUACCUCCAGUAUAUGUCAAACGUGAAGCGAAAAGAACUCGGUUAGAAGCAGGCUUAAUUGAAAACAGAAGGGCCUUGAAAAUACCUAGAAAAGAAGAAUCUACAAACGCACCAAAAUCCCUAUUUCAUUCUGCGACUAUAUUAAAAAUGAGACGCGAUUUAAAACUUCAAAAAUAUCGUGGUUUAGUUAGGCCUGCUUUACCAGUUCCUGGAAAACCAAACAUUCAAAAACCCUUGCAAGAACAACCUUUGUUUCACGAAUGGACUAUUCACGAGGAUAUGGCUAUUUUAAAGGUCAUACAAAACUUCCAAGGUCUUCCAUUAAAUUUAAUAGUCACCAAUUUAGGACAUACUCCUAAUUGGGAUUUUGUGGCCGAUUAUGUCAAUACAGUCUCCAUAACAUACCGUACUCCGAAACAGUGUCGUCAAAGAUACGAAAAUCAUUUGAUGCAAAGAGAAGAAGGUAAACAACUAAGCUUAGAGUUCUUAAAAAAGAAGAAGAACAAAUCCGGAGCAAUACAGAAAUACCCAAUGCUUUCAAAAUCUAGCAGAUGUGUGAGAACAUCUCAGUUAUAUACUCAGGACAAUAAUUCCGCUUUUAGUCAGACAAUGGCGAAUAGAUUCGACGCAUUGAAAGCAAUCUCUAAUAAGAAAACUCCCGCUACUAGAAAUAUUGUGAAUAAUCCGUUGUUAAACAAGACAAAACACAAUCUGGUUUUAAACGAGUGUGGAAUCGAUAUUGAACAUCCUGUUUUACCUGUAGAAGUAGCCGCAAGGAGAGCGGAAAGAAUAGCUAAAGAGAAAAAGAAUAUGACCGCUGAACAGCAACAACAACUUGCGGCACGUCUACAAAUGAUGAAGAACAUGAUGGCUGCUAGUCAACAAGCAAACAUAGCUGCUGCUUCAUCAGUAAAUACACCGGGUACAUCUACUGGAACCCAUGUAGCACAAACACCUUCUCAGAUUGUUGUGACGCAAUCUACAGCAAUUGUUACCACCACAGCCGCUAGUGUUAGCACUCAAGCUACUCCUCCGACUACUUUACGAACACAAAGAAUAAUAGCAUCACCAAUACAGACAUCAACGGUAGUUUCUGUGUCAGGAUUAAGCCCUGCCCAACUUCAAGCUGCGACGCAGCGUCUCAUCGUAUCAGCUGGUUCUUCAGGUCAAGGCAAAGUAGUGGCUACUACAAAUACCCUACAAGGUAAAGCCAUUGGUCAAGCUCAAUUAGCUAUGAUUCGACAAGCCAAUCUUAAACAACAACUACGAUUGCACGCUGGAAAUAUUCCGACGCAAGGCGUCAAAACAUCUACUGUUACUAUUGGAGGCCAACAGGCCGUUGUCCAAUUCACACAGGCACAACCAAGAGCGCAAUUUAUAAGGCAAGGCACUGUUACUGUCGGAGGAAAAACUGGAAUUACUAGGACUGUUACUGAAAGCGAUUUAGCUCAAUUGUUAAAGAAACAACAACAAAAGUUAGGUACAUCGGGAGGAAGUACUAUUCAAAGUUUAUCACCGCAAGUUCUGGCUCAAGCGAUACAAGCUGGUUCAUCUGGUGGACAGGUUGCAACUCUGGUUAAAGCAGUUUCAUCUCCCGGAGUUACACAAACCGUCACUAUUCCAGUCACAGGUGUAGCUCUAUCAAAUCAAGGCAAGAACAUACAAUCAACGUUAAAGACAACAAACGCCACCCAAUUCCGGCAACUCCAAUUGCAACAGCAACUGCUCGCUCAGAAAAAAUUGAAUGCUCAGAAAUUGAGUAUUGCGCAAGUAGCUGGCAAGAACAAUGUACAAACUCAAUUGAUAGUAGGUUCCAAACCUCUAGGUACGGCGAUGACAGUUCAACAAUUCCAGCAGGUAAUAAGAUCUCCAUUGAAUGUUAGUCAGGGACCAGUGGUGUUGGCAAAAGGGCCGUCUACGAGGGUCAUACCUGUCAAUACAGCACAGGGAACCAAGCAGACCAUACAGGUGGUAGCUGCAAGCACAUCUCAAACACUUAACACCGCCCUUCGUCCCCAAGCAGGCUCUUCAGCUCUGGCAGGCGCCUUGGCCGGGAUAAAAGUACAAGGUACUUCUAGUGCGAGUCAACAGGCGCUUUUAUCUCAAGUAUCAGCUGCUUUGAAUCAAAACGUCACCGGUAUGCGACAAGGAAGUCCUGUCCGCAUUCAGACGAGCAGCGGAACACCUUUGGUGGCGGUCAGCGUUCAAAAUGUCCAACAAGCCCCCAAUUCUUCCGUUGCCACUGGCUCUCAACCGAACAAUUCCGAGCAAGUAAGUAGAUAUUUGAAGAAGUGAAGAGUUGUGAUGUGAUGUCUUUUUCUUAAUUCGUAAUUCCCUCAUUUUUGGUUUAAUUUUUUUUUGUACACGUCGAUAUACGUUAAGUCUACAUUUUUUUAGUUUGUGUCGUUUUAGAAUUAGUUUAUUUAACAUUAUUUUCCAACUUGAAAAUAAUGUUAUAUAAAGUAGUUUCUUUUUGUGAACUUUAAUAAGAAUAUUAUUUUUUGUUUAAUAUUUGGUGUAUCGGCGUAUUUUGACGUUUUCUCAAUAGAGUUUUUCAAGUCUUCAUUCAUAUAAUUGUAUUGAACUGAGCUGUGAUAAUUAAGAAAAAAAAAUAUUUUUAGAAAUAUUUUCACAGAAAAUGUAGUGUAGGAUUUUUUUUAUUUGAUAAGCUCCUUUUGCAUUUAAAAUUUACAUACCUCUCCUCUCCCUUCCACCCCCUCAAUAAAUGUAAAUAGUGUCCCAUAAAACACAUGUAUCCGCUCUUUGUUUCUGACUAAUAAAUUAUUA